UCGUCAAUCAGAAAGUCAUCAGAACAGAGCCACAAACUUUCUUCUGAACCAGCUUUUAGCAAUAGUAAUGACGAUGGACGAUGCCAACUCGGUCUACGUCGGCGGCCUCCCUUACGACGUCACCGAGGAAGCUAUCCGCCGUGUUUUCUCCACUUACGGCACCGUUGUCUACAUCAAGAUUGUGAAUGACCGGAGUGUAAGAGGGAAAUGCUAUGGCUUCGUUACAUUUCCGAAUCGUCGAUGUGCUGAUGAUGCUAUCCAAGACAUGGAUGGCAAAAGUAUUGGUGGGCGUCCUGUGCGUGUGAAUGAGGUGACAACAAGAUUUGGUGGUGGUCAAGGGAGGUUUCAACCACAAAGCCCUGAUGAUCAUCAUGGGAGAAGUGAUUUCAGUUACGAAAGGGCACGUGAACGGGAUAGGUCACGUGACAGCAGAAGGGAAUAUUAUUAUUAUACAGAGAAGAAGGAAAGAGCAGCAUGUGAUGAUGAUCAUGAUAUGCUGGAUAGAGAUGGUUACAAGGUCAUCAGGGUUUUGAAAGAAGGAGAUUGGCGUGGGGAUAGUGGUGGUAGUAGGGGAAUCAACGGGACCAGUUCUCACAACGAAACGAAGAGAGAAGAUAGUGGUACCAUGCUUGAUGGUGGGCGUGGCAGAGAUGGAAAAGAUCACUUGUCUAACUCAAGUGGAGAUCACAGCUUUCAGGUGAAAGAAGAACUGGAAGCGCUGAUUAAGACACAUGACGUGCUUCAAGAUGAGGUACUGGUGAUGGAAGAGAGAUUGGAAGUAAAAGAAGUUCUGUGCUCAGAGCUACAGAACAAGUUUAAGAGAUUGGAAGAUUUAUUGAACAAUGAAAAGAAACUGACUUCACAACGCCGAAAAGAAUUGGCAAAGAUACACAAAUCAUAUUCAAGGGUCAGAGAGUGCACGGACAGCCUGAAAGACUGCGAACAGGAACUCCAGUCACUUGUUAGUUCAGCAGCUAGAGAAGGCGUGGCUGGUGCUGCUGAUGAAGGUCUUGAAAACGGGUAUGUGUAGCUUUGUUUUAGACGAGCUUUAGAGAAUAUUUGAAUAUUUGUAUUAACGGAAUAUGAGAAUGAGAGUAAAAGGUUCACAAAAAUGAUACUAUAAGAGGCCAGAAACCUCUUCAAUUGUAAAAUAUUGAAAUGCUAAGCCUCUCAUACAUUAGUAGCUA